AUGAAGUCAUUUGCUAUUCUCUCAUUAUUUAUUACUGCUUCUUUGGCACAGUCUUCCUCCAGUUCCAAUCCUUACAUUCCUUCAGGAAUCAGUCAAGGUUGUUCAGACUAUUUAGCUAGUUUGAACAGCAACAGCAGUUUCUCCUCCUGCACAACCCCAAUCACAUCUGCGACAUCUGCGUUCGCACCGGGGGUCAACUCGAGCAACAUCACCACAAGCCUUAUUAACACUGUAUUGAGCAACCUCUGCUCGGAAUCUGCGUUCAAUGCAUGCCCCGACAGCACUGUUCGCUCUCAAUUGAUGUCCUACUACUCGGCAUGCUCCGCAGAACUCACGACGAAUCUCAAUACCGAUGUCCUCAGGACUUAUGAUGUUCUCUAUGUCUUGACGCCACUCAGAGAAGCCGUAUGCUCGAAGUCUGACAACGGUCAAUACUGUGUCACGCAGUUAAACACCACAUCCAGUAGUUCUGCUGUUGGAAAUGUGGCUUUGGUGACCCCCAACAAACAACAGGCGUUGCAACAAUACCUAUAUACUACAUCUAACAGCGGGGCUUCUGCACGUCGGGACGUUAGCAACUCCACCACUGCACUUAUUCCCAACACCACGACAUUCCAGGAUACCAAUCUCGUGUUCCUCUUCCUUGAUUCCACAAUGAAUUCGACUCAACUCUGCACCACUUGCACACGCAACAUUCUCACGUCAUACAUCACGUUCGAGUCCAGUCUCCCUUAUGCCCCAGGUCUGAACAACAGCUUACUGCUCCGUGGUCAGUCUGCUCUUUACAAUGCCGCCACGUCAACUUGCCCAAGCGGCUUCUUGAGUGGCGCUGUGCAGGCCGCGGGCGGCCUUUCCGGUGGCCUUAUGAGUGGCAGUCCCCGGUCAAUAAAUGCCGAUGUAUCGUUGCUCGUCAGUGCUAUCUUGGGUGCUGCAGGUCUCGCGAUCACAGCUUUCUGA